AUCGAUUAGAAUAGAAUAGAACGGGAAAGUGAUUAGAGAGAGAGAGAGAGAGAGAGAGAGAAACGGAAGCUCUGAUAUAUCUAAUGGCGGAAGUUUUGGUAUUGGACGCGGGGAUCAGAGAUUUGCUGCUGAUCCCUCUAUCGGUGGUGAUGAUGGUUCUCAUCGGAUUCCUUGGCUACUCCAUUUCUAAUCUCAUGGAUUCUUCGCGGUCCCCCGACGGCAAUUCCAAAAUCGUCAAAACAUACGUGGCUACGGCUAGAAAUCUACGGGCCAAGUCGUUCCGAGCUAACAAGGAUCAAUCAGUGGCAAGCAGCAGCUGGCAUCUUCUUCCUGAUGAUGUAAUUGAUGAAAUCCUUUCGAGAUUGCCCGUCAAAUCUCUAAUCCGAUUCAAGAGUGUUUGUAAAAGAUGGCAUGCUCUUCCUACAAACCCUAACUUUAUUGGCUCACAUCUGAGACAUGUUAAUACUCCCGAUAGGCUGGUCAGUUGGAAUGGUAACCAUGACGGUCUGAUAGUUGAGCAUGAUGCCUUUCAUGUAUUCACAGAAGGUGAGUUCGCACGUUAUUUCCAGCCUGUGAAUCUUAACUUUGGAUUUGACAGGAAACCAGAUUUAGUUUUGGGUCCCUGUGACGGCAUAUUUUGUUUAUACUGGCGGCCAAAUAGUGCUAUUUGUUCUCGAGUUGGAUCUAAUGUCGAGCGGCUACCAACUAUUGCCCUCUGGAAUCCUGCAACUAGGGCAUUUAGCAUUCUCCCCGUGUCCAACUUUGACGUCCCACCAUAUAGGAAGGUGGCUUAUUGCAUGGUUGGGUUUGGUUUUGAUCUCACAACGAAAAGUAUCAAGGUAGUUAAAGUUGUAAAUUUCCACAGGGAGAAAGUUACCCGAAAUGCUUUCAUUAAUUGUGCUGAAGUUUACGAAUUAGGUCCUGGUUCUUGGAGAGUUCUCAAUGUGGAUGAUAUUGUCCAAGAGGUAUAUGUCUCGGAUGAAGCAAUCAUCAGCAUGUACAAUCACAACGAUGGUGUUUUUCAUUGCACUCACUCCCCAACGACCGUGGACGCGGCGUUGACACUGACUAUCUAUUUGGGGAGCUAGUUCUUUCGUUUGACAUGAGUACGGAGUUGUUCCAUUUGACACUGCUGCCAGAGAGGUACACCAAAUUCAGACCCGUAUUGUCCUUUAGAGAAUGUCACUUGGCAUUGCUAGGGGACUCCCUUGCAGCAAUUUUCUCUUUCUGCGAGGAAAACUGCACAUCCAUUGAAGUAUGGGUGAUGAAGAAGGACUUCAACCGCCUGGUUAAGGCUGGGGAAUCCUUCUCCUCAUACAGGUGGUCUCAUGAAUUCACUGUGGAACCGCCACCUCCACUCUAUAUAUGUAUUUCGGUGGGUUUCUGGAAUAAGAAUGAGCUUCUAAUCUGGACCGACGUGCAGCCUUUUGAUUUCAGAUCUAGAGGAAGAGGAACCCCACUCUUGUAUGACAUGGUUACCAAACAGGCUCGGGACUUGCAAAUUUCUGGUGAGCCGAAUUUCAUCUACAAAGACAGCCUAGUUUCAGUUACGGGAGGAUGUGGAAAUUAAUUUCUCCAUUCUUAUAAUCACUUCACGGAUGGAUGAAAUUGUGUUGUUUGGUUUUGUUUCAUUCGGUGGAGCACGUUUGUGGCUAUACUGUUCAUUGGUUAUGCUAGUACUAGUGACUGAUGUGCACUGAUUAGGUCCUCUACAUUGCUCAAUAUCUUGUACGGAAUAAUAUUUGGUGUUUGUAAUUUUUUGGAUUAAAGAUGUUGCUGAGGUUGAAUAUUUAACUUAGAUUCAGUUAUUUUCAAGUAGGUGUAUGACAUUUAACUUCAACCAUGUAUAACUUCAUUUCCA